GCUCGGCUGUUUUUAAAAGGCAAGGCAGCUCUCCAGUUGAUCAGUCUGCUCAGGAAACUUCUGCUGGAGAAAGUACUGGAGCCCAAACUGAAGGGGAGAGAAGUUGAGGUUUUGUGCAAAGAAUUUCUUUACGCUUGCAGAGGACAUCUCUAAGGGGGAGAAAAAAAUCACAAAUAUAUAUUUUUUUUCCAGUUGCAGUUGAUUUGAACUGUUUUUGCAGGGUGCACGGCGCAGAGCCUCCGUUAAUUAAUGUGUUUUAAGCAAAUAGCAACACUCUUGGAUAAAGACUCCUGGCUUUAGCUUUAAAAAAAAAAUCGGAUUAUCUGACUGAGGCAUUGUGCUUAGACCAGUCUACUUUUGUUCCCCCUCCUCUUCGCAUUUGAGGUUUAUGCUUAUAACUGAAGAGAACACCAACAAUGUUUCUGAGUCUCUGCCUCUUGGUGACAUUUAUCUUGGGACUGUCCGGGUGCUUGGGCUCAUACGUGCCGUGCGAGCCUUGUGACCAGAAGGCGCUGUCCAUGUGCCCUCCGGUCCCGGUCGGCUGCCAGCUGGUCAAGGAGCCGGGCUGCGGCUGCUGCCUUACGUGCGCCCUAUCCGAGGGACAGGCGUGCGGCGUGUACACCGGGACGUGCACCCAGGGCCUGCGCUGCUUGCCGAGGAGCGGCGAGGAGAAACCCCUGCACGCCCUUCUCCACGGCAGGGGAGUGUGCACCAACGAGAAAGGAUACAAACCUGCCCACCCGCCCAUAGCGGAACGGGAGUCUCGAGAACACGAGGACGCCAUUACCACAGAGAUUGCAGAUGAGCUGCAGCAAGCUAAAGUGCCACUCCUUCCCAAAGACAUUGUGAACAAUAAAAAAAUGCACGCGCUGCGCAAGGAGCAGAAGAGGAAGCUCGGCAAACAGCGCUCCAUGGGCUCCCCCAUGGACUACUCCCCUCUGCCCAUCGACAAGCACGAGCCGGAAUUUGGUCCAUGCAGGAGAAAACUUGAUGGGAUCAUUCAGGGAAUGAAGGACACUUCUCGUGUCAUGGCUCUGUCUUUGUAUCUUCCAAACUGUGACAGAAAAGGAUUCUUCAAGCGCAAGCAGUGCAAGCCAUCUCGCGGCCGCAAACGAGGCAUCUGCUGGUGCGUGGACAAGUACGGCGUCCAGCUCCCCGGCACAGACUACAGCGGCGGGGACAUUCAGUGUAAAGACCUGGAGACCAGCAACACAACGAGUGGAAAAGGGAGGAGGAGACCACCCUUUGACCCCCCCCCCCCCCCCUCCCACUCCCACCAUCCCUCCCCACCCACAACCACCACGUGACCCAGGGCCCACGCCUCCUCUCUGAAUCCCUUCUGUAUGCUCCACCUUGCAUUGGCUUCUUUUUUGAAUUGAGAUAAAAAAAGGAAGAAAAAAAAAAUCCAAACGAAAGACCAGGCUGAAACAAAGACACCUGUAUUUUCUUUUCUUUUCUGACCCAGCACUCAUCUUUAAAUGAGGGGAAGAUUUCCUGAAGAUUUAAUAGAUCCCUUGACAAUUGCUCACGGAGCCCCUGUGUGAGGCGGAUCCCCUGGCUGCAGAUCUAUGAAAAUAUAUACACACCAUGGACAUCAUUUUUAUAGUAGUUUGGGUGUUUCAAUACGACACUUUGUAUGAUAUAAAAUUAACACAAAAUCCUUGUGAGUAAAAUCCAACAUCAGGCACAUUGAUUGAAAACAUAUCAGUUUUAGACAGUGGAACAUGAUGCCACUGUGCAACUGUUUAUUGGCAGAGUAAUUUGGUUUUUGGUCUGUUUUUCCAAAAGAAAAAAAAAAGAAAGAUUAGAGAGGGAUACGCUGUAACAGCUGACUCUAUCUUGAAAUGUGGUUCUGUCAGAGCACUUAUGAAUAGGGGAACCUGCUUAGCUGUACCUUCACAAAAUGAUGCGUGCAUGAGUGUGUGUAUGUGUACAGUGCGUGCGUGUGGUAUGUUUCUGCCUUGUGUUGGUGUAUGAUGGAGCCUAUUACAAAAAGAAUGUCCUUUAUUUCUGUUUUGUUUGAUUUUGUCACAACAAGUAUUGCUGGCGCUUGAAGUGGUCUUUGGGCUGGCCUUCUCUAUAACCGAUGUAAAGUAUGCCUCGUGACACACAGAGUUUUGAAACAAAAGACUAAGCAGAUUGUCACGGAUGAAGCUAUGUGUGGCUCUUCGACAAUGUAGCUAGCCUGAUAUGCCAACUGUGCCUAUUUAAACAGACACUGCCAUGCAGGGCGACACAGAGCUCAGAGUGCGCUGACUCUACCGGUGAAACAAAGUAUUUUCAGCUUAAGCAACGAGACUCAAGUUUGACCUCAAACCUUCGAGUUGAGUGCAUUAUCAAACUUGCCAGUGGAGCCGGUUGUCUCUCUGAUCCCGUUGUGUGAAGUGUAGUUCUGUAUGGUUUUGUUUGCGCUGUUUUCUUUGCCUUUAGUGAAGUAAAGACCGCCCACUUCUGAGCCAUGUUCCUUUAUCAAGUGGUUUCCCCUCAGUACAGCUACUACAGUGUAACCAUGGUGUAUUACAUUACUUUUAAAUAUAGUUAUUGAAUGUUGUUUUGCCUGUAGAAACAUAGUAUGACAACAAUGUAAUUGUUCUUGGAAAAAGGAAAAAAACGAUUUUAGCCUGUAAGAAUGAGUUCUUUGGAGCCUCAGAAUGGCCGUGAGUCAGUCAAAGAAGCUAACCCUCUGGAACCUUCUGCUUGCACGCCUCCACGCAAGGGUAUUACAUCUAACGGGAGGAGGAUGAUCAAAACAAAAAGGUUAUAACAGGGUCAUUUAAGUUGAGUUUUUUCUCUCUGUGUGCAAGUCACAGUGCCUUCCUUCAUGCAAUUACAUUUAAACAGUGACGUGAAAGUGAAAUGGAUAUCAAACUGGACAAUUUCAUUAUUUCCGAAAGCGCCCCCCCCCCCCC